CUGACAACGUGUUUAGGUGCCAGACGGCUGCUCAAUAUCAAUGUAAUUUUCAUUUUUACUAACAAGAAAAAGGGCAGAAAUUAUCAUCCACAAGCACAAUGUUACGAGGUUCACCUGGGGAAACCCUUUUUGGUAUAUUAUUCGUGUAUUUGUUGACUUGGAAAACUGGCACUUCUACCAACGGGGACAACGAGAGUAAAAGAGAAAGUUGUCAUUAUGAUCUCGUUGUGGCUUGGACCUCAGAGAUAAGCAAUAGUUUGGUAGCUGCAACCCCACUUGUUGCUGACAUCAAUGCCGACAAGAUAUUGGACAUCAUCUCACCAGCAUUCACGGAGGAAGUGGUUGUCCUUGACGGGGUCAGAGGUCAAAACCUUGUGGGGUCAAACUGGCCAGCGAGUUCUUUAGACAACUCAUUCCACGCCUCACCUUUACCGUAUGACAUUGAUCAGGACGGAAGAGAUGACAUUGUCUUAUGUACAUCAGAUGGAGAUAUUCUCUUCAUUGAUGCCCGAGGAAACUGGAUGAAGGAAAGGACAAUGAGUAUCCCAUCCUUGGAUGUACGGAAGGAAUGGUGGAAUUUGACAGGUGGUUCAAGACAAGAUGUGAUCGGCCAGUCCGUAAGAACAUCCACGCAAAGACAGGCCGCUCAUUCAAGAGAUUCUUCUAGCAAGCAGUACAUCAGUGUUGAUCCUCACGUGUUAGCCACGCCAGUUAUUGCUGAUCUGAAUCGAGAUGGCAUCACUGAGGAAUUAGUUGUCCCGGUUAGCUACUAUAUUAACAGCAAGAUCGACAGGUCAGAAAUAGAGCUCAUGGAAUCAGGAGUUCCUGACUUGGAUCUGCGGGGUUAUCUAGCAGGUGGCAUUGUUCUGUUUAAUCUCACUGCAGGGCAGAUUUAUCAGGAAGUGAUACUGGAGCUCACAAUGAGAGAUGAUGAAUUUCCAGGAUACAUCCUCUUUACUCCAACUGUCGUGGAUCUUGACAGUGAAGGAGGCCCUCUAGAGAUCAUCGUGGGAACCUCAGCAGGCAACCUCCAUGUUUUAGACCAUACUGGUACCCCGCGGACUGGUUUCCCUCUGUUACUCAGCACCUUACAUGGACAGAUCACGGUCGAAGAUCUUGACGGUGACGGACACCUGGAGAUGGUCGUCAUGGAUACUAGCUCUAAUGUGAUGUGCCUGGAUGUGACUGGGAAGGAAUUAUGGGAUAGCCAGAUCUCUGGCUCAUCCUCAGCAGGUUCCAGAGUUGCUGAUAUCAAUCGAGAUGGCAGCCUGGAUAUCGUCAUAGCAACCAAUGAUGGGCAUAUCUGGGUGCUACGAGGAGACACAGGCAAGUUGGUUGCUGGUUGGCCUUUAGAUCUCGGUGGCAGGUUUCUAGCUAGUCCUGUCAUCACCAGACUCAAGCCCUCACCUCACCCGCUCGAUAUUGUCAUUGCAGACUACGAAGGUAGUCUUUACAUUAUAUCUGGGGACGGUGCUUGCCUUGAGGUCAUCCAUCUCGAGGAGAACAUCAUGACCCCAGUAUUAGCCGCUGAUCUCUUACCCACGACCUCUGACCUGGAGCUGCUGAUAGCCAGCAGCGACGGCACUUUGGUGUGCCUGAAGAUGAGGAAUGGAACAGAGAGCAGAGAAGGAUCCGAGUCGGGGAAGAACAAGAGGGCGUGGUCAGGAGAGGCGUGGCACACUGACACGCCCACUUAUAACAAGUUCACCAAUUGGGACAAUGAGGUUGGCGUUAGUUUCACAGCCAAGACAAAGCAAUUAGAGUAUGUAGCCGGAAAAACUUUUGUCAUCGCAUUUGAGAUCUUCGACAACAGACCCAAGUACAUCUCAGACUCCACAUAUCACGUGCACAUAACAUGUGGGAACAUUAUCUUGCUGCCUAAAACAAUUCUCCUGGAACCUGGAAUUCACCGAAUGAGAAUAGCCACACCUGAUCGUCCAAUCAGAGCAGUCGUCACUGUCCAUGUGACCAACCAACAUGGCCAAUUGUUCAGAGACUCCUUCGCCGUAAGUUUCAACCUCCAGCUUGUCCAGGAACUCCAAUGGCUGUUAUUUGCUCCGUUUGUUGUCAUGGUGAUCCUAUUACUUCUAGUUCAUGGCUACCCAGAGGUUGACCUUUUACCUAUGACUCAAAGCUUUAAACAUAGGUGAAAAUGUCUAGUUGCUUUUUUGGAGGUCUUUAAAGGUUAUAUAAGGUGACCAGUGUAGUUUUCUCUAACCUACUGGUUUCAAUUUACAAGUAAUCAAUUUUUACCUUCAAAUCUCUAAAGCCUUCUAAUCUACCAGUAGGUUUUUGGAGGAGUUUAAGGAUAGAGGAAGUUAUAUCCCAAACACUUUUCACUUUAUAUGGGUCUUGAUGUCCCUUGACUAUUACAGCAAAAAUGUGGAGUAGAUAAAUUCGAGGGUUCAGCAAGGUUCCUUGUGAACAUUCUACAGAGGGUUACUUACCUGUGUGUUCUGGUAUUGUAGUUACUGAAGUAAUUGAUGGUAUCACGAUAUUUUUAAACAUUUCAGACUGAACAGCUGUUUGAAAUAUUUCAGAUGCCUAUUUUGAUAAAUUUACACAAAUAUUAGACCUUCUAAAGUGUAAGCUUAUGAAGAUUAAAAACCAAGAACAACCAAAGAGUAAAACAUUUAUUUAAGCAAUAUAAUCUUCGGCAUUCAAACUUGAUUGUUCCUCAAAUUAUUAUCCAAAAGAAAGUAUUAGUUUGAAAAAAGAUGUAAAUUUUCUGAGCAAUUUUCAUAUUUUCCCAGUUUUUAUCCUAUGGAAAUUACAUCACGCUAGAAAAAAAUGAUUACUGUGCAGUGACUGUGUCACGUGGCUGUUUUCUUGAUGGAUUUAUCGUAAGAAGCCUCUAAUUUAGUCCUUUUUUGAUAAUGAAAUAAUAAAUAUAGGUUAAUAGUUUAUUUUGGUAAAAGGAAAUAUUGGUAAUCGAUUUGAACAAGAUUGAUUCCUCAGUCUUGAGGCGGAGUCUUAAAUCCCCGAAGGGACAGAAAUCGUGUGGCUAAACAUACAGCCCAAGCCCGCUAGUUUAUCCCUGAAGGGAAUUUACUUCUUCUACCCCCGAGGUCCAUGUACUUCAGCAUAGGAUGCAUUAUUGAGAAGACCGGAUCACUAUCUGAUGGACUUUCUAAAUACCGGCGUAAAUUGUCUGAUGAAUAAUAGAUUGUCGUGAGGGAUUACCGCGGCUAAGUGUCCACACACGCCCAAUCUGUGCAACGCGGGAUAGCACAUGAACUGAUUUAUUAAUGGUUCGUAGGCGAUACCGUUGCAUGCUUCGACUCGCCAUAACGAUGUUUCUGACGUCUUUACAUCUGUCUUUUUUUUCCCGCUACGGGAAAUCUUCACACUUUGAACUUGUUUCCAGUGCCCAGUGUGUUUGUCUUGUUGAAUUGGCGCAAAAUGAUUAAAAUAUGAAGGGGAGAAAUUCAUCUUGUGGCUU